AUGGCCCAUAUCUCUGAUGUUACUGCUCAGACACAAACCGUCAUCUUAGACAUCAAAGAUGAUGAUUCUCCCCGCCCUCGUGUAUUCAUAUCCUUCGUUCAAAAGUUGUUUGGAGAGUUUGUGGGGACAUUCUCUCUGGUAUUUGCCGGCUGCUCGGCAAUCGUGGUAAAUGAUACGUACGGUAAACCGGUGACACUUCCUGGCAUAGCUUUGGUAUGGGGUCUAACCGUAAUGGUUAUGACCUACUCAAUAGGUCAUAUCUCCGGUGCACAUUUCAACCCUGCUAUUACCAUUGCGCUUGCUUCUUCUAGAAGAUUUCCAUUAAAACAGGUUCCUGGGUAUAUUGCCGCUCAAGUUCUCGGAUCAACCUUAGCGAUAGAAUCUAUCCGGCUCAUGUUCCAGCUGAACAAUGACGGUUGUAGCCUCAAAGGCUCUAUUUAUGUGGGAAACCACCCGUCAAGUUCAAACACGGCGGCGUUCGUAGUGGAAUUCAUCGCUACUUUCAACUUGUUGUUUGUUAUUUCGGCUGUAGCUACUGAUAAACGAGCCAACAGAUCAUUCGCAGGCGUUGCGAUUGGUGCGACCGUAGUACUCGACAUCUUGUUCGGCGGGCCAAUCUCGGGAGCAUCAAUGAAUCCAGCAAGAAGCUUGGCCCCUGCAUAUAUAUGGGGAUGUUAUAAGGAUUUAUGGGUAUACAUAGUUGCACCUAUUGUCGGAGCAUUGGCAGGUGCAUGGACUUAUAAUAUGUUACGGUCUACAAAUAAAUCAUAUGGUGAGAUAAUACGUCCAAAUUGCAGUAAAGAAGCAUCUCAAGACGAUUUUUGUGUUCUUCGAGUGGUUGACCCGAAUAACCGGAAACUUUUUAUACUUUCAUCUCCCACCGAAAUUAACGAUACAUGUAAUGUCACAUGCAAGUUGGCUUAA